AUGGAUUCAAUUAUGAUACCAUUUCAAUUUCAUCCUAUUCAAGUUUUCGAUGAAACAAAGCAUAUAGUUGAUGUGGUCGCUAACGAAUAUCUUAAAAAAGCGACUGGUGAUAUACAUCAUAUUAUUCCUGUUGAUGUUCUUGCUGAUGGAAAUUGCUUAUAUCAUUCUAUUGUUGUUUUGAUGAACAAUCGAUUGGUGACGGCUAGUGAAUUACGAGUUCGAACAAUUAUGGAACUGAUAACUAAUGAAAAUUAUUAUCAAACUAUGUAUUCACAAUAUGUGGGACCUACUGAUGUCGCUAUUAAAGCUAUUUGCAGAAAUUAUAUGUUUUCUGAAUUAUACGAAAUUGCCGCAUCAUGUAAUGUACUUCAAUGUAACAUACGAAGUGUUUAUCCAAAAAUUGAGUUUCAUUAUUAUAUGGCAAUUUGGGAUAACCUCUUUACACCUAUUCCACCUGUUAUUGCCAAUUGUAACAUUGCGAUUUUAUGGUCAAACGCCUUGAAUGAAAAAGAUGCUCGAGAAACACAUAAUGGCACAUGGAGACCAAAUCAUUUUGUUCCACUUAUGUCGCUACCUAUUGCUAAUGAAUUUAACAGUCAAUCAGCAUCACUUGCCGUGGUAAGUUAG